AUGACAACAGCUAAAGUUUGUACUCCAAGAGUUAUAUUUGUUCGUCAUGGACAAACUGAAUGGUCGAAAUCAGGUCAACAUACUUCAACUACUGAUUUAGAAUUAACUCCCUUUGGAGUUAAACAAAUGAGAAAUACCGGGAAACAUUUGAUUGGGAAAUCUUCUUUCCAAUUGAUUAAACCAGGUGAUAUCACUCAUAUUAUCGUUAGUCCAAGAACUAGAGCUCAACAAACAGUUCAAUUAUUAACUGAAGAUUUAGAUGAUAUUCAAAAAGCAAGAAUACCCAUUAUAAUAGAUGAAGAUAUUAGAGAAUGGGAAUAUGGAGAUUAUGAAGGUAUGAAAACUAAAGAAAUUAGAGAUUUAAGAAAAAAAAGAGGGGUUGAUGGUCCUGAUCAUGAUUGGGAUAUUUGGGGUGAUGGUUGUGAAAAUGGUGAAGAUUAUAAACAAGUUACAGAAAGAGUUGAUAGAGUUAUUGAAAAAAUUAAAGUUAUCCAUCGUAAAUCAAUUCGUGAAAAUACUACAAGUGAUAUCUUAGUAGUUGCUCAUGGUCAUAUUUUAAGAUGUUUUGCAGCAAGAUGGGUAAAUAGAGAAAUUAAUUGUAAUCCAUCAUUUAUGGUGGAUGCAGGUGGGGUUGGUGUAUUAAGUUAUCAACAUCAUAAUUGUAAUGAACCUGCUUUAUUCUUAGCUGGUGCCUUUGUGGUACCGGUUGAAGAAGAAGGUGCCGACUUAUAA